UGUGCUGCCGCGGAGGAGGGGCUGCUGCUGAAUCAGCCUGGCAGCCUGGACCUCGGCCCCGCCCCCGGGGCAUAAAAGCCCAGAGGCCGGAGGCGGCCGGGCAGACAUGGACCUUGGGACGGGCCUGCCGGUGCGUCCCCUCACCACCAUGGAGAACCUGGAGAAGCAGCUGACCUGCCCCAUCUGCCUGGACACGUUCACCAAGCCCGUGGUGAUCCUGCCCUGCCAGCACAACCUGUGCCGCGGCUGCGCCAACGACCUGUACGAGUCCAAGAACCCCUACCACUUCUCCAGGGGAACCUUCUGCUGCCCCACAUGCCGCUUCGAGGUGACGCUCAGCCGCCACGGCGUGUACGGCCUGCAGAGGAACCUGCUGGUGGAGAACAUCCUCGACAUCUACAAGCAGCAGGCGGAGCAGGAGGAGAGGGGGGGCGACGCCCCGCUCAAGGACAAAGACAGAACCGAGCCGAGGUGUCAGGAACACGACGGGGAGCGCAUCAACAUCUUCUGCGUCACCUGCCAGACGCCCACGUGCUCCAUGUGCAAGGUGUUCGGCCAGCACAGGGACUGCGAGGUGUCCCCGCUGCACGCCGUCUACCAGAACCACAGGGACGAGCUGCGGGCUGCGGUGGAGCUGCUGGCCGAGGGCAACGGCUGCGUCCGGGCCGCCGUGGUCCGCAUGGAGGACGCCUGCAGGGCCGUCCAGCACAACGGCGAGCUGCAGAGGAGGCGGCUGGACGAGAGCUUCCGCCUGCUCCGUGCCGUCAUGGAGGAGCGGAAGGCGCAGCUGCUGGAGCGGAUCGGCCGCGAGGAGCGGGACAAGGUGUCGGCCGUCAGGGCUCUGGCCCAGCGGCACCGGCAGCAGCUGCAGCUCAGCGAGGGGCUGCUGGAGAGGAUGCAGCACAGCAUGCUGCGGCACCGCAGCGUCACCGAGUUCCUGCUCACGGCCCGGCAGCUGCAGGACGAGGCCCGGGACGCCGGACCCGACGGGUCCCAGGCCCGGGACACAGAACCCGGGUUCGAGAGCAUGGAGCACCUGAGCCUGGACACGGACGAGGUGGAGGCGCUGCUCGGUCACAUGGACUUCAGACGGCAGGAGGAAAACAGCUGAGUCAUGCUUCAGCCUGGGAGGAAGCGGAACCUGAGACGCUGGCAGAGUGAAAACACUCGGACGUCACUUUAACUGCUGGAAAUGGUUUACACACAUAAAAUGAUAAAAUGAAAUGUAUUUUAUUUUUAAUAGUAAUUUAUUGUGUCUUCUCUUUGUAAAACUACAAAGUUUCAUGCACUUUUGCAUCAAGGCGUGAAUAAAGUUUGA